AUGGCGUGGUGCCCGAGCCAGCAUCCGAGCGGAGUUGGAGUAGACAGUGGAGUGGAACAGCAGUGGAACCACACAAGACGGGGUGGGGAGUGUGGAGGAGGUUGUGGCGCUGGCAAAGGAGGCAGCCCGAACGAGAAGGCGCUAGAAGCUGACCUGACCGCCAGCGAAGCAGCCGCCGGCAGGCUGGCGGAGGCUUGCAGGAAGGCGCUGGGGCUGAAGGCUGGUGCGGCGGCAGUGGUGACUCGGGCGAGUCGUGGCGGCUGCGACGAUGACAGCGCAGGCGGAGGGGCGCACAGUCAGCGCGACCGGUGUGGUGCUGAGGGCAGCCAGAGUGAUGACUGCUCCGACGAGGGUGAAAGCCAGCGGCUGGCGCUCAUCACCAGGCUGCUCUGCAACUCGGCCAGCAUUGACCAUGAUGGCAUCGUCCAGAGGGCAACGGCACCAGUGCUGGGGCGCUCCAGAGCGCUCACCGGGACGUACCGCACGCCGCCUCCCCUGUUUCAUCCCCUCGGCCUCCCCGCUGACGUCAGCACAACCGGCGGCACAGCCUUCGUGUUCCCUUUUGCCAUGCUGCACAACUGGUUCUCGCGCAAAGAGGAGCCCCCGAACUUCAAUGAGAUGAUCAUCACCUGGUCCGGCGCCCCGCUUCCUGCAGACUACAUUUUCCCUUCAGACCUGUGA